AUGCAAAACUCUUAGAAAAAUAGAGAAGAUAAUAAUUCUUCUAGAAGUCGAAGUGAAUCUCCUUUAAGUCAAGAAGAGCAAGAAAGAAGAAAGAAACUCCCUGUUUAUGAAAGGACAUUGGAAGAAAAAAUAAUGAGUAAAAAAAUCAAGGCUGUUGAGAAGGAUAGGCUAAUCAAGGUGUUUAAUGCCUUGAUUCUAUUAGAGCCUAAAAGAAUUGAAUAAGAAAUGGAUGGGAAUAAGACUACAGAAGGGGAUACUAAACUUGGAAAAUAAAAAAAGAAGAAGUCUAAUGAACCCAAAUUUUCAGCCAAAGCCAUUUAUGCAAUGAUGAAAAAGUUAAAAUACAUUCCAGUAGGUGAAGAGGUAGAAAGAAUGAUUUGGGAAAUCGAUGAAGAUUUAGAUGAAUAAAUUAGCUGGUAUGAAUUUCAAUUGAUGUUCAAAAGAUGCAUUAAGGAUACUUCUUAUCUAGAACCAAGAGGUUUGUUUAACUUUGUACAAUUUUUAAUGUAUGCUUAUGACAAGGAAGCCAUUAAAAAUACUAUAACUGUCGAAGACACAUUGGAAUUAUUGUAUGUGAGAUGUGGGAGAUAAAAUCUCGAUGGAGAAAUAUUCAAAAUAUUUGGUUAAGAUGAGAAGACUGCUGAUGGAUAAGAAAAGGAAAUUACAUAUUCUGAAUAUUUGGCUUAGAUGAAAAAGAAAGACUUCAGCAAUUGGACUGAAUUGGAAAAUAAAAAAAAGAAAUACGAUCCUUCAAAAGAACAAAACCUUAAUAAAAAAGAUUGAUAUAUUUAUUAUCUAGAAAUAACCAUUCAUUUCUAACAAUCCAUA